AUGCCCGACGCGUUGGCAGCACAGCUGAAUAAGGCCUCGUUAAAUGAUGGCGCAGAGGACCCCAACUGGAGAGACUCUCUCAAACUCCCCACCAAGGAUACCCGACAACAAACAGAAGAUGUUACUGCUACCAAGGGUCUCGAGUUUGAAGACUUCUACAUCAAGCGGGAGUUGAUGAUGGGCAUUUUUGAAGCUGGGUUCGAGAAGCCCUCUCCCAUUCAAGAAGAGACUAUUCCCGUUGCCCUCACCGGGCGAGACAUCCUGGCCAGGGCAAAGAACGGCACUGGCAAGACUGCAGCCUUUGUUAUUCCCACUCUCGAACGAAUCAACCCAAAGAAUCCCAAGACACAAGCUCUCAUCCUCGUCCCUACUCGAGAACUCGCAUUACAAACAUCUCAAGUCUGCAAGAUGCUUGGAAAACAUCUGGGUAUUAAUGUCAUGGUCACAACUGGUGGCACCGGCCUGAAAGACGACAUCAUCAGACUCGGCGAGCCUGUGCACAUUAUCGUAGGCACACCAGGAAGAAUUCUCGAUCUCGCAAGCAAAGGUGUCGCCGACCUGUCAGAAUGCCCCAUAUUUGUAAUGGACGAGGCAGACAAGCUCUUAUCCCCCGAGUUCACCAUUGUCAUUGAGCAACUGCUUUCCUUCCUUCCCAAAGAUCGCCAGGUGAUGCUCUUCAGCGCAACAUUUCCCAUGAUUGUCAAAUCCUUCAAGGACAAACACAUGCGCAACCCUUACGAAAUCAAUCUCAUGGACGAACUCACCCUUCGUGGCAUAACCCAGUACUACGCCUUCGUGGAAGAGAAGCAGAAAGUCCAUUGCCUCAACACGCUCUUCUCCAAGCUCCAAAUCAAUCAGUCCAUCAUCUUCUGCAACUCGACCAACCGGGUUGAACUUCUUGCAAAGAAGAUUACAGAGCUUGGGUACUCUUGCUUCUACUCUCACGCCAAGAUGCUGCAGCAGAACCGAAACAAGGUCUUCCACGACUUCCGCGCCGGCGUCUGCCGAAACCUGGUGUGCUCGGAUCUACUCACCCGUGGUAUCGAUAUCCAAGCCGUCAAUGUUGUCAUCAACUUCGAUUUCCCCAAGAACGCGGAGACAUAUCUUCACCGCAUCGGUCGUUCCGGCCGGUUCGGCCAUCUUGGUCUGGCAAUCAACCUGAUCAAUUGGGAAGACCGUUUCAAUCUCUACAAGAUCGAACAGGAACUAGGCACUGAGAUUCAGCCUAUCCCGCCAUCGAUUGACAAAAGUCUGUAUGUGUACGAAAAUCCCGAGAAUAUUCCUCGUUCGAUGCCUCCUCCAUCUCAGACUACGAGAUCACUCCCUUCCAAUGCGCCGGCCAAUGGGCAGAAUCAGGCGCGCAGACCACAAAAUCAAUCCAACGGAUAUGGUCAACAGCCUAAUAAUCAAGGUCGAGGAGGAUAUCGAGGUCGAGGCCGUAGUCAGGGUCAAGGCCAAGGUCAAGGUCCUCGAGGGGGACGAGGAGGUUAUCCUCAUCAGACAGCGGCGCCUGUCGGGCAAACCGCUCAGUAG